CUGUAUAAACAACCCAUAAAAAAUAUAAAAUAAAAAAUGGACAUUCUCAACUUAUUAAAUCAUCCUACGACAAUGGUGAAUAAACCAUAUCAAUGUAGUUGGCAUGGAUGUGAAAAGAGAUUUUCUCGUCGAUCUGAUCUAUCACGUCACAGAAGAAUUCAUACAGGCGAAAGACCAUUCCAAUGCCUUUGGCCUGGCUGUAAAAAGCAAUUUAUUCAACGCUCGGCUCUGACUGUACAUCUUCGAACACAUACAGGCGAGAGACCUCAUGCAUGUGAAGUCGCCUGUUGUAAAAAGUCCUUUAGCGAUUCUUCCUCUCUUGCUCGUCACAGAAGAACACAUACAGGAAAACGACCUUAUGCUUGUGAAUGCGGUAAAUCAUUUACACGUAAAACAACCCUCUCUCGACAUCAACAAGCGCAUCAUAUUCUUCCUCAAACAAUAAGCCGUUUCGAAACUAGAAGUGAAUCACCGGAUUCAUCAGACCAUAGUGAAGUAAGCAGGUCAUCAUACUAUUGCUCACCCCCAACGCCACCUUUAGAACCUGUACAUUACUUUAAACAAUAUGCAUGUAUGCAUCCACCAUUACUAUCUUCUCAACAUACACUUGUGAAUAACACAAGCCCAAUUUUAUUACCACCUUUACUACAUCAUUAUCACCAUUAAAACCUUAAUUCUAUACCUAUCAUAAUUUUCAUUUCAUUGUUUAUAUGUAUAAAAAAAAAAGGAUUAC